UGGAGAACGCGCGCGUUUCCAAAACGAACAGAGCUUCUAAGAAAACUCCUCACCGAAUUUCCGUUAGAAAUACAAUUGGCCAAAAACGAAACUUCUACUAACCGAACAAACAACAAGUGCACUCCCUCCCAUCCUCCAUUGUGCCCUCCACUGAGGAGUGUGAGUGUCUUGGCAAAAGUGCAGGUGAAAAUUUCACUCGUGCCGGCUACCCAUCUUCCCGCCUUGAGGAAGCCAAUUUCCCCCGCUUCCAGCCAAUCCGUGCUAAUUGGCUUGAUUUAGCCAAAAAAUAUAGUAAAUAUCAAGUUUCAAUAUUUGCCGUGGGCCCGCGAAUUGUCUCGCCCAGAAAGUCACUCUAAACAGUCAGUCAGUCAGUCAGUCAGUCGGCCAGAGAGUCGUCCGCAGAGUCGACGUUGCGGCAAAAGCAUUUUUUUUUGGCCAACGGUCUAUUGAGGUCUUUGAAUGUGGAAGUAGUGAGAAAGGCAGGCCCAAAUAAGCAAAGCCAAGACGAGCAAAGACGGAGCAUUCUGCGUAUUUGCAUUUGAAAUUGUUUGCACACUUGGGAGCUUGAGGACCGAAUCAUCGAAGGUAAACGCUCAUCCUCUGAAUGCCAGAACUGUUCUUUCAACUCGAAUCUCUGCUUGUUAACGGACUCUCGAAGGCAUCUCUCAAAUAGCCACUCGUCCGGUUGAGCGAUGUAAAGAGCGUACAGCAAGGAGAAGCCACCAGCAAGCACCAACUACCAGCCACCAUCCACCAUCCAACAUCCACCAUUCAGCAUCCAGCAUCCACCAGAGAAUCUUCCACGAAACACAGUGCCAUCAACAGAAGAAAAUCCCAUCAACGAGAAGGAAUCACAAUGAGUGGCAGCAAUAGAAUGUUGUGCUGUCAAGUAUUUAUCUUAGUUUUAUUUGCACACACAAUCCGGGCGGAGUUCCAUGCCAGCGGAGCCAGCGCGGCGGUCAGCUUCGAUGGCCCCUCGCCGGCCCAGGCCCUGGGUGCACUGGCCCCGUCGGCGCGGCCCAACAAGCGCCGCAUGUACGCCAUGUGCCCGCCGCAGUUUCAGCGCGUGGGCACCGACUGCUACUCGCUGGUGAGCCAGCGCAGCAGCUGGCUGGAGGCGCACUUCUUCUGCAAGGACAAGAACGCCAAUCUGGCCGAGCCCCUGAAGUACGCCGACCGCAAGCUGAGGACAUUCCUGCAGAAGGAGGAUGCCCAGACAGGAGAUCGCGAGCCAGUGUGGAUUGGGGCCACCUUUGACCACCGCAACCAUCUCUGGCAGUGGAGCAUGAGCGGGCGCAACCUGACCUACGACUCGUUCAGCCAAAUGGAUCCCACCUAUGUGCAACUUAUCUCCAACAGCCAGCCCAACGACAACAACUGCGCCGUCUACGAUCCGAGCCUGAAGUACCGCUGGUCGGCGCGCUCCUGCCCGGACAAGCUGCGGUUCAUCUGCCAGCACAAGAUGCCGAAGGUGAGCGAGGCCAACCGCUACAAGAUCUACAAUCGCUGGAACGCCACCUAUCCCAACGAGCGGGCUAAUGAGGUGGUCCUGGAGAUAAUCGAUCGCAACGACAAGGAUCGCAGAUACCAUCGUCGGGUGAAGGCCGAGGGCAGCGAUGAGGAAAUGAUCAUUCCCGGUCGCCGCAAGAACAAUCGUCGCAAUCAGCCACGAAACCGCCAACAGCCGGUGCACCCCAACGAUGUCAACUCCCACCAGACUCCCCAGCAGCGUCCUCGCAAGCGUCCACGCGUCUCAUCCACCACCGUCGCACCCACAGUUGCCCUUGCGCCAGCUGCUCUGGCCAACAACCACAGCAACGAUGUCCUGCCCGCCUCGCCGACGCCCCAGCAGAUGACCCAGUACGACCGCAAGCUGCAGCGCCAGCGCCAGAAGGAGAGACGCCGCCAACAGCGCAAAAAGGAGCGCCAAGAACAGAACCGCCAGCUGCGUCGCGAGCGUCAGCGCAAGCAGCGGGAGGAACAGCAGCGAUUGCAACGGGAGCGAGAGCGGGAGCGGGAUCAGGUACAGCAGCAAGAGCCACACCCUGAAGUGCAGGAGCUGCGCGUGCGAGCGGCCACCCAUGACCAGAAGGAGCAGCAGGAGAAGCAGGUGAAGGAGGAGCAGCAGAAGCAGUUGCAGGAGGAGCAGGAGCGACAGCAGAGGGAACAGCAGGACAGGGACCACAAGGAACAGCAGCUCCGCGCACUCAAGGACAAGCAGCAGCACGACCAACAGGAACGAGAGUACCAGCAGCAGCUGCGCGAACGCGAACUGGAGCAACUGAAGCAGCGGCAGGCGGAGGAGGAGCGUCGGCGCACAGCUGACGAUGAGGCCGAGAAACUGCGCCUAGAACGCAUCCAGAAGCAGCGCGAACGCGAGGCCGAGCAGCGCCGUGCCCGCGAGGAGGAGAUGCGAAAGCAGCGCGAGGAGCAGGAGGAGAUCGACCGUCGCAAUGCCGCCGAGCGGCUGGCCGAGGAGCAACGAUUGAGGGAGGAGCACGAGAAGCGCAUAGCUGAGGCCAACUCCGAGCAAGAGAAGCAGCUGGCCGAGGCCCGCGAGAACAAGCGGCGGGAGGAACAGGCUCUCAAGGAGCAGCUGCAGGAGCAGGAGCGUCAACGCCAAGAGCAGAUCCGUCGCGAGCAGGAGGAGGAGGAAAAGCGCCAGCAGCUGAAGCGCCUGGAGGAGACGCGCAUCUUCGAGCAGCGCGAGCUGGAACGACUGCACGAGGAGAACAGGCGGCGGGAGCAGCUGCAGCGGGCCCGCGAAGCGGAGAUUGCCGAGCGCGAAGCCAAUGAGAAGAGGCUGGAGCAGGAGGAGGAGCGACUGCGCAAGGAGGUGCAGGAGGAGGAGCGCGCACUGAAACUCCCACUGGAGAAGGAGAUGCGCGAGGCUGAGGAGGCGCGCAAGGCCAAGGAGGAUGCCGAGCGGAAGGAAAAGGAGGCCAAGGCAGCCGAACAGAACCGCAAGCUAGAGGCCGCCAAGAAGGCCGCCGAUGCUUUGGUCCAGGCCACGCUCGCGGAGAAGCGUCGCGAGUACACCUCACGCGUCUCGGCUCUGAGUCCCGAGGACCAGAAGAAGUUCAUCGAGAUGCGCAAGCGGCGCAAGCAGCUCAAGGAGCAGAAGAUGCGCGAGCAGAACGAAAAGAAGCUCAAGCGGAUACAGCAGGCCAUGCGAUUGAAUGACGCCGAGUAGGAUCUCAUUGGUCCUACAUACAUAUAUCUCUUCCAAUCUCCUUUACAGACGACGCACUAAUUCCCGUUACUAACCGAGACAUAUCGUUCGAGAAUUGGUUCAGUAUCCGUACUACCGCUUGGGCCGAUAUCCCCUUUUUUUAAUUGCUUUUUUUGCUUUUAAUAGAAGAAAAAAAAUCACGCAAAAGUAUUAUUUACAAGGAGAAGAAAGGAAGGAUAGGAUAGCAGAGGAUAGAAGAGGAUAGAAGAGGAAAGGAAAGGAGGGAACUAACAAACCGGGCAUCGCUCCGGGAGGGAAACCCAGUUUCAUUUGCAUUUGAUCCGCAGUCGAGCGAUGUCCCCGCAAUAAACAUUUGGAAAUCGUUUCGAGCGACCGGGAAACACUUAAUCUCUAUGGGAACUUCGCUCUAGCUCUAUGUAGUACUGUACAGUAAACAUAUAUACUAUAUGCUAUAUAUAUAGAAUAUAUCCUAUAUAUAGGUCUAGGAUAGACACACCCACACCCACAACGGCAUACACAGCACUCCCACUUCCCACCCACGCCCACACCCACCCAAAUAUAUAACUAUAAACUAUAUAGAAUAUCGAGCAAUUUUAAAGCCCAUAAAUCACGAAGAAUUUUACAAAUUAGAGCACACAAAUAUAUGGAAAUAUCUCAUAUAACUAUAGAAAGUUGGGAAUGACUAGCAGAGUCCUUACUGAUCCCUCGUUUGCCUUCCCCCCACAUAAGUGUGUCCUCGAGAUGUAGCGGCCUGGGGGAAGCACCGUAGAAGCAAUAAUUUACUAAGGAAUUUUUUUGAUAAUACAAAAAUCCGAUGUACUAACUAUUUAGGUUAUAUAUAAUGAUUAAAGUAUGUUUAAAUGUAAA